UCAGCGAACGAGCGAACUCGUCGGAGUCGUCGGAGUCGGAACCGCCGCCGCGGCCGCGGACAGUGUCGAAAAUCGUUCGGAUUGUGAUACCGUGAGACAGAGCGUGACAUAGGCGUGGGGUACACAGGGUCGAACCUCGCUCGCCUCGGCCGACCGCGGGCGCGGGUCCCCGUGGUUGGGCCCAAUGGAAAUUUCCGUCUUCGGUCGUGGCCGAGAGCAGCCUACCUCGUGCUCCUGCCGAUUCUGCGCGAGGACACCAAGGAUGCUGGUGCGUGGGUAUCGGCGAACGUCGUGCAAAGCGUCGAGCGUUCGCUGCACGUAAGGGUGUCAGUUUUAGAGGAAGGAGAGAGGAGGGAGGAGGGAGACUGGUCUUCUCGGUAUCGCUGAUCUCGCCGCUCGACGUCGACGAUGCCGCGGCCCUCGCGCGAUACCUACGGUGAUCAGAAACCGCCGUACUCCUACAUAUCGCUAACGGCGAUGGCGAUAUGGUCGUCGAGGGACAAGAUGCUGCCGCUCGCCGAGAUUUACAAAUUCAUCGCCGAUCGCUUCCCGUAUUAUAGGAAGGACACGCGACGAUGGCAAAACUCCUUGAGGCACAACUUAUCCUUCAACGAUUGCUUCAUCAAGGUACCGCGCGGUCCACAUCGGCCGGGAAAGGGAGCCUAUUGGGCAUUGCAUCCCGCCGCAUUGUCCAUGUUCGAGAACGGUUCGCUCCUCCGACGACGAAAACGCUUUAAACUGCACAAGCCGGACAAGGAGCUGCUCAAGUCCGAGCUGCAGGCGCUCGCCUCGGCGAUGCCGCCGCCGUUGCCACCUCCACCGCCGCCGCCGCCGCCACAGCCGCAGCCGCAGCCGCAUCCGGAACCAGUCGUGUCGACCGGCGGAAUCGUCGACGCGAGCGCAACGUGUCCCAGCAACGGUCUUAGCCUGGCGAAUCUCCAUCGCUUGCGGGACGACCUGCUUCGAUGGGAGAUACAGGAGAGGCGAAUGAUGGUCGCGACUGCCUCGAACCACGGCGACUUCGUCGGCGCGGCUGGCUUCGGCCGGUUCGACGGUGGUACCGCCGGCCUGCCAGCUGGACCAACCGCGCCGGAAGCCGUCACCGCCGGCUACUAUCUACUAUCACCCGAAGUGAGACAGAGACUCGCGGGUGGUGCUACCGACGGCGGUAACGAGAUUCUGAGGACGUACGAGGCCGCCGCGUUGCUGCACUCCGCCGCUUCCUGGAACUUCCCUGGCUUUCCGGCGGUUUCACCGUCGUACGCGGUGACGCAGCUGCCAUAUAUCCAGCAGACUACGGCCAGCAGGCAGGCCAUCCAUCCGUCGCGGGAGAUGCGGGAGAUGCGAGAGAUGCGGGACGAGCGCCGUUUGUCGAGCGACCGCGCGCUGGAGAACGGACCACCAGUGAUCGCCGCUACGACCGGCAGAGAAAGCGAGACGGUCUUCACGGGUGAGAAUACUUACGAGAUCACGGGCUACACCCGCGACAAACUCACCGAGGAGGAGCCACUCUCGUCGUCCUCGUCCUCGUCCUCGUCGUCUAGAAUAAAUCUCUAUCGAAACGCCGUCCUGACCACCGCUUCAUCGCCGCCGACUUCGCCCACCUCGCCGAAUUCGCUCGCGUCCAAAUCGUCCUAUCGUCACCUGUCGCCAAUCUCGAGUCUGGCGGUCGAGGUGGAGCGAACUCAGUUGCCCUCCAAUCGUGAGGAGGGCCAGGUUGUUCUGACCGCGGCGAACACGGAAAAGAGGGUUAAGAAACCGUUCACUAUCGAGAAUAUCAUUGCGCCCGACAACAACGAGGGUAGCGCCGACGGUGGUAGUGGUGGUGGUGGUGUUGGUGUUGGUGUUGGUGUUGGUACUGGUGACGAAGAAACUUCAAGGUUGACUGACGAGCCGAUCGCGAAAAAGUCCUCGCUCCUCGUGCCGAGGCCGCUCUACGCCGGGUACUCAAUGUCGAUCGCAACUACGGGUGUUCAGAGGCCGUCUUACGGCACCGCCACUUGAACUCUGUUCGUUGAUCGACUUCUUAUCGAAGGGAUUAGCCGAACGACGCGAGAGUCCAUGAUGCGUCUUGAAGACGUCUAAAAGAUGUUUUCUCAGAGAUUCCAAGCGUGCUUUCGACACCUCUAUCGUGUCACCCGGAUGUAUCUGUGUAUGUGUGUGUGUGCGUGCAGUCUGCGUACAUACUCCACCUUCACUUAUCUAAUAUUCUGCGGAAAAUGAGAGAGAUUGGUCCGCGUUACCGUUUACACUGUUUACAGCUAUGCUCAAGUCGGAGCACAACAUUCGUAUAUACACGCACGAAGCAGAAAGUCCCGGUUAACGUUAGAGACGUAUGAAGAAUUCCAAUCAGAUUCCGUUAGAUAAGCGAAGGUGUAAUAUGUAUUUGUGAGAAUGCGUCUCCGCGAGAAGAGAUCCGCAGAAUUUCUUCGGUUCCGUAGAAUUGCUAUUUACUAUUGACGUCUCAAAAUCGACACUGUUUUAUUCGACGGCAACGCGACGAAAUUCAAACGAGACGAUCGCGCGAGUGUUUUUUGACUCGACCGCGACGCGAUUGAUCGGACAUACGUGCUGCGAUCUUUUGUCCAAUUUACCGGCGUGAAUCGACGCGAAUCGACGCGAUGCAAAUAUAAGGAGACAUCGUAGACAAUGUUAGUUCCUCGUUUCGUAAAGGCCGUCCUCCUCGGGAGGUCUUUGCUUGCUGAUAUUGGUUUUCGUCUCGCGCGCCGCGAGAGUCGCUUGGUCUCUAAACUUACGAACUGUCCGCAAACAGUUAGCUAGAGUUAUUCGUAAUUUACGGUUGUCGUAAGAGCGUAAAGGUGAUCGAUUAUUGUUAACCGCGAAUACCCCGAAUCGGCAGUAGCGCGCGACGUUGUGCACAAAGAUAAAGUAACACGUAUCGCUCCAAGUCGCGUCGCGGCUUUCGCCCAUGUAAUUAACUAAUUAGAUGAUCUCUAAACGAUUAGGCACAAGCGCGGGCGCGAGCACAGCUAUACCGAUGUUAGGUUUAGCACAUAAAAUUAACAUUAUAUGAAGCUAACUUUGAGAUUCAUGUAUAAAUAUGAAUUUCAAAGUCGAUUUUAUACCGUGUAACUAUUUAAUUGGAAUAUUUUAUACAAAAGGAACAAAAAGUGCCGGUUUUAAUUAUCACCAAUUCAAAAAGUCCACAAAAUUCUUGCGCGCGUUUUGAGAAUAUUUAUAUAGGAAAAACUACGCGUUAUUAAUUUUUUAAUAAUAAUCCACGAAACCACGAGUGAACAACGAACGUACAUUGCUCACAUAUUUAUUCAUCUGUCUUUUUGUAAAAAUGUAAAUAUAUUUAUAGGUUAAUAUAAUUAACUUAUUAAUAAUUAAAUUUUAAGCAAACCAACCGGUUUGUAAAGUAGAUUAAGAUUUACAUACAUCGUAAAUUAUUUUUAUAACAUGAACCUCUAUCAAACAUUCUCUCUUCUCUUUAACAAAAUUCUUUAAAAAAUCUAUAUACAAUUUUACUUUCACGAAAUAUAGACACGAAGGUACUUAUUAUUCCUUUUCUAUAGAAAAUGUCCAAUUAUAAUAAUAGUCUCGAUAUUAAUUCUGUAAAAUUUGAAACUGCAUUGUUAUCCAGAUUUUCGUGGAAUACCACUAAAUGCGUUUCCUUGCGUAAUGUACCGUUGAAUAAAUUAUAAGCCUUCUCUCUUAAAACAAGAGACUGCUCGUUACAUUCGUGCAUUGUCGCAUCCAUCUAUAUUCUGUACUCGUACUCGCUCGAUUUGCAAAAACGAUUUGUAAAUGUAGAAACGAUUCGUAGUAAAAUAAAUUAUUGUAUAUACGUAGAAUAACGAUAUAAA